UGCUUCGAACACGGUGAGGACUUCAGCGUGGAACUUGCAUUUGUGGAGCUCCCAGCCGGCAGGCACCAGCUCUCCCUCCCGCGGGGGAGCCCCGGCAGCGGGUGGCACUGCUUUAGGGGGGCAGCUCGGGGCAGUGGCCGGGGCAGGGGGCAUGGGGUGAUCUCUGGCUCCGUCCUCUCCCCCAAACCCCCUUCGCCUCUUCUCUCUCUCUCUCCUUUUGCUGGUUUGGGAGCUCGUGCCAACGCCGUGCCGGGAGGGAUCUGGGAGCCAGCCAUCCCUUGGCUGCAUCCCUGGCUUCCCACCUGCUCCCAGCCUCGGGGAAGUUUCCCUCUCCAUCCCAGGCGCUGAGAGAAGACAGGCAGGAGGUGCCCCGGAGCCCGCCAGGGGUGGGCAGGGGGACAGCCCGGCUUCCCUUCCGCCUUCCCUGAAGAUUUUGGGAUCGCUCGACAGACCAUGAAUGGAUCCUUUUUCAACCAGACUCUCCUGGAGCAGGGAGCUGACCCCAACAGGACCCAGGGCUUGGGGGUGCUCCUGGCCUGCUGCAACGGGACCAGCGCCGUGCUGGCCACCGACGGCGGCUCCUCGGCGCUGGCCCCCGACGAGAGGAGCCUCUUCAUCACCAGGGUGGUGCAGAUCGCCGUGCUCUGCGUCCUCUCCUUGACUGUCAUGUUUGGCAUCUUCUUUUUGGGCUGCAACUUGCUCAUCAAGUCCGAGAGCAUGAUCAACUUCCUGGUGAAGGACCGAAGACCUUCCAAGGACGUGGGCGCUGCCAUCAUGGGACUGUACUGAGGCUCCUGGAGGCAAGUGAACUGGCUGGACCUGGUGCUGAGAUGCACAUUCCGUGUGUUUGGGGCAGCUGGGGGGGAGUGGGAAGGGAGGGAGGGGUCUUUUAAUCUGUCUGUGUCCACGGGGAAGCAAACCUGUGCUUCCCAGCCAACAAACUGUCGGUGUGAAGGGGGAGAUGUCCCCGGAGCUGGGGGAAGCACAGCGAGUGCCCAGCCUCGUGUUGCAUGCAGAAAUGGCUUAAGUUUUGCAUGAAACUUGCAGAAACAGUGAUAAUGUGCAGAUCUGGACUCUUUCCUGCUGUUUCCUUGGAUACUGCUACCUGGGCUUGAGGGCUCAAUUAAAAAAAAAAAUAAAAUAAAA